UGCCUUUUCUUCUGGAGGGUUUUAAUUUUGAUUGCUGUUACUACUGAUGUCUAAGCCAAAGUGGCGAUGCUGCCUGAGGGAAAUCUCUGCAACCAAUUGUGAGCCAUGCCUUUAGUGAAGAGGAACAUCGAGCCCCGGCACUUGUGCCGGGGCGCUCUGCCCGAAGGAAUCACCAGUGAGCUUGAGUGUGUGACCAACAGCACUCUUUCUGCAAUCAUACGCCAGCUGAGCAGUCUCAGCAAACAUGCUGAAGACAUAUUUGGUGAGUUGUUUAAUGAGGCUAACAACUUCUACAUCCGAGCAAAUUCUCUUCAAGACAGAAUUGAUCGCCUCUCUGUCAAAGUCACACAGCUGGACUCCACAGUGGAGGAGGUGUCACUACAGGAUAUCAACAUGAAAAAAGCUUUCAAAAGUUCUACCAUCCAAGACCAGCAGGUGGUUUCAAAGAACAGCAUUCCUAAUCCUGUUGCUGACAUUUACAACCAGAGUGAUAAACCGCCUCCUCUGAACAUCUUGACCCCUUACAGAGAUGAUAAGAAGGAUGGGCUGAAGUUCUAUACUGAUCCUUCCUAUUUCUUUGACCUCUGGAAAGAAAAAAUGCUACAGGACACAGAAGACAAAAGAAAAGAGAAACGACGUCAGAAGGAGCAAAAGCGUAUAGAUGGCGCCACCCGUGAGGUGAAAAAGAGGGAGAAACACAAGCUGAACCCUAACAGGAGCCAGCAAGUGCAUGUGAGGAAAGUGAGGACACGAAGAGAAGAGUGGGACAGGAGGAAAAUGGGCAUUGAAUUUAUGAGUGACGCGAGGAGGCUGCAGCAGGCAGGGAGCGCGAGAGAGGACAGGCUGCCCAGAGGGUCCCAUGCUUCAGAUGUUACGGAUUACUCUUACCCGGCUACCCCCAACCAUUCUCUGCACCCGCAGCCGGUGACCCCCUCCUAUUCUACUGGCGACGUACCACCGCAUGGGGCCGCAAACCAGGCCCCUGAGCAUGAGUACCGGCCCCCGUCUGCCUCAGCGAGGCACAUGGCCUUAAACAGACCUCAGCAGCCGCCGCCGCCACCUCCUCCCCAAGCCCCGGAGGGGUCUCAGGCCUCGGCACCGAUGGCCCCAGCAGAUUAUGGGAUGCUUCCGGCACAGAUAAUGGAGUAUUACAAUCCUUCGGGACCGCCGCCUCCUCCGCCCCCACCCGUGAUCCCUUCAGCACAGACUGCGUUUGUCAGUCCUCUCCAGACCCCCGUGCAGCCCUCCUUUCCCGCACCGUCCGGCUCCGCGUACUCGGCGCCUCCUCACCCGCCCUCGGCUGGGCUCCUGGUCACAGCGCCGCCUCCCCCGGGGCCCCCGCCGCCCCCUCCGGGCCCGCCUGGCCCUGGCUCUGCUCUCUCAUCUUCCCCGAUGCAUGGGCCCCCCACUGCCGAGACGAAGCGUCCCGAGCCUGCGCAGCCGCCCGUCAGUGACGCCCGGAGUGACCUCCUGGCCGCCAUUCGGAUGGGAAUCCAGCUAAAAAAGGUGCAGGAGCAGCGUGAGCAGGAAGCCAAGCGGGAGCCCGUCGGGAACGAUGUGGCCACUAUCCUAUCCAGACGCAUUGCCGUGGAGUACAGCGACUCCGACGACGACUCCGAGUUCGAUGAGAAUGACUGGUCCGACUGAGGCUGUGCGGCCGCGUGGCGGGGGACCGCCAGGACACUGGAAGUGGACUGGGGAUCCCCGGUGGUCUCGGCACCUAGAUAGUGGUACUAUAAUCUGUAGCUUAGCACCUUUUGUAUUAAUGAUGUGAUAUUGCUUCUGCACAUCCAAGAAUUCUGGGUUUUUCAGUAUUUACUGUGUAAUACUUAAGUGCCACUGAACAUAGCACAUCACGCUGCACACGAGGAGAUAUGCCGUAACUAUUGCAUUGUCCUGAAAACAGCAUCCUGCUUCCCUCUUGGCUGUAAAAGUAUUUACUUUACUCUUACUGAUCAUUACGAUUCUGUAGACUUGCUGUGUGUUUGUGAAGCUGCCUGGUGUGAAGUCUCUGCAAGGUUAACGACUGUCAGAGUGAUGUCUUCUGACCAGUGAUACUGUUUUACCUUUUGUUUUCCUUUUUUAUUAUAAUGUGUUUUCGGAAGAAAUUGGUUCUAGAGGGAACGGUCUAGCAACUCAGGAGAAUCAAAUGUUCCUGCAUUCAGCUUAUUGGCGUGGUAGCCUCUGAAUGAAGAUGAAUGCUUGGUUGAAUAAUUUUCCUGCCGUUGCACUCACUCGUCAAAUGUGAAGUUGGAAGGGCCUUUCUCAGGCAGGGUUCCCUGUGGACGAUGAGUUCACUCAGCACUUGUUGAUGAUUUUUGUGAGGUUUCAGCAACGCAUUAGUAAUGUAGAUGAGAACAAGGGCCGAUCCCCCUCAGGGCCGCCGGGAUGCCACUUGCAAUACUGGCCUGCCCUGGUGGCUGGGGCAGCGGCCAGCCAGAACAGAUGCAGGCUGUCUCUGGCCGCAGCAGCCAGCUGGUCAGCAUGGCAGGCAGUGCAGGCCAUGGUGCAGAGGGGCAGCUCCACUUGGUCCACGUUACAGAAGCUUAGGUUUAAAUGAAAGAGGAUGAUACCCCUUUACCUCUCACGGUGCUGUGGCCAGUCCAGGGUCAGCCCUGCGAGCGUGGCCUUCACCCGUCCUAGAAGCACAUGGCUCUCUUCUCUUGUAUCACCGGCACAUGACAUUUUAGGAGGUACCUCACCACGCGACCUCGUUUCAGCCCAUAGCUGAGCACUUUGCUCUCCCCUCUGCUGCCCUGUUCUUCCUGCCACAUGGCGAUCUCAGACCGGCUCAGGCAAACCAGGAACUAAAGAAGCACAGCUUCUGCUCUGUAAUUCCAGGUGGAAGGUAACUGCUUGUUCAGAGUUCGUAACUGCUCAGGCUUGGAUCAUAGGUACGGGUGGAAGUGUGUGGAGACACUUCCCUUGCUGCAGCGCGCUUCCCAGCCUGCAAUAUUCCCGCCGGAUGCAGGUCUGGGAAGUUCCGGUGAGCGCCAGCAGAACUGUGUUAGUUGCAGGGAGGAUGCCAGCAGGACAGGAGGGAGAGCUCUGGGGAAACCAGCCAGCUGCCCCCGUCUCACCCUGCGCUCUGCAGGGGCACUGGCUGGCUUGGGGCGUCUGUCGUAGGCGUGUGUCCCUGCCCCCCGUGCGCUGGACUCUGGUCACUAGAUUUGAAACUAAAAAGCUUGAUGUCUGCACUCCUUCCCAAGACCCACUUGGCCAUGUUUGAGCCCUCUCUGCUGCACCUGCCGCCGCUCCUCCCUGUGAGCACCUCGCGCUGGAGCUGCUCGCCGCGGGGCUGUCCCUGGAAUUUCCUUGAACAUUAGUUGCUACUAAUACACUUAACUUCCUGUCUCUUCCUUCCAGUGUGGAGACCUGCUGUGCUGGCAUCUCCCCGGGACUCUGAGCGUUUCCAGUGUUCUUUCGUCCUCAGUGUAACAGCCGGCCUUUGCGCUCCUUGCUGUCGGGGCCCCCGGUCACUCCUGGCUCCCUUGGUAGCUCUUCUUUGUUUUGUGUGGCCCUUCGUUCCCAGGCCGAAGGGAGCACGUUCAAGCUACUGUCCAUGUCAGGGCUCCUUCUCCUUAUCCCUGUACAACACGGUUAGUGGCAGUUUAUCACAAAUGUUCAUGAGCCUGUCAGUCAUUACUUGUCCUAUAGUUUAAUCAACAGGUUAUAUUUAAUUUGAUUUGUAUGUGUAGUGAGAAAGCUUCUGCCCUGCUGUUUUCAGUAACCUUUAAUAGAAGGGAGGAUUACGAAGAUGCAAAUCAAAUUAUUUUUAGAGUAUCUUUUCAAUGAAUUUGAUUUAGCAUAAAAUUUUAAAUUCAGAUCGGAUAUGAUACUGCAUGAACAAAGUGAAGAGUCUGGAUUUUCAGCUUUCAUUUUCAAAAAGUAUUGACAAAACAAAUGGAGAAGAUCAUUCAGCAGCACAUUUCACUUAUGUAAAUUUCAGAUUUUGAAUCACAUUUAUCACCUGUUCCCAGCUUUAUCCCUUGCGUACAUUUUAGUUGCUGUCCCACAAGCUUUUCCUUGCGGUGCAGACCCAGGCGGCGGGUGGGAAGACGCCGGAGUCCACGCGUCAGGGCGGAGGAUUGUGCACUCUUAGCCCCAGCCAUGAGGUUUGGUUGCUGGUGUUUUACUAAAGACGCUACUAGAAAAUUAAUGUUUUCAUUUCAGUAAAUUUUUAGCAAGAUCCACAUCUUUUAUGAGCACCAAGUGUCUAAGUUGUAAAAGUUUAUAAUAAUUUGCGACUGAAAUACAUGAUACAUUUUAAUCCAUUAAAGAGUAGUGGGAAUGUAUCAACCAGAGUAGCAAGUAACUUUUGUUUUAUGAAGCAGAGUAUCUGUCAUCUUGCAGUAUAACCAAUGCUGUUGUACAUUGAAAGUGGUAUUAAAAAAUCCUGUCAAACGAUUUUUAUCUGUUUGUAUAUCUUACUAUAGAUUAUGUACAAGUAACAUCUAAAUAAAAUUACACUUUUAACCCUAAA